AUGUAAUAAUCAUAUGAGAAUCAAGAAACCAUAUGCCAAAUUCAUAAACUUGAAAUAACUGCUGUAAAUUUAGAUUCCUCAAAAAAAGGCUCAUUUUAAUUCAUGUGUAGCAGUUGCUUAGUUGAAAGAAUGAAUAGUAUAAAAAUAUCAACUAUUUAAUAAACCAAAGAUAGAAUACAAUCUUUUAAAAAACAAAGAUAAGAAAAUAAGUCAAAUGCGAUUCAAGUGAGGUUGGAAUAUUUCAAGAGCAUUCUUGAUUAAAUUAUAGAGUAUUAACGCUAUGUUGAAACUACAUUGAAAAAAACUUCUAGUUAAAUUAAAGCAUACAUUUUUACUAUUUAAAAGGAAAAAUAAACCUUAUUAGAAGAUUAUUAAAUUUCUUCAAAUUUCAAAGAUGAUAUCAAAAUACUCUCUGAAUUUCUUUCAUUAGAAGCAGAAGACAAAUAAAAGGAAAUUUAAUAAGAUAGUUAUUUGGUUGGCGAAAUUUUUCAAUAAUUUGAGCUCUUAUUCAAUAGUGCAGAAUACUUUCAAACUUUAGACUCUUUUAACAAUGCAAAAUAAAAAAUUAAUGAAAUAAAUGAAAACACAAAAAUUGAAUUAAUAAGUUGUAACAAUAAUUAAGUAAAAUUUUAUAAUAUUUAAGAAAACACCAAGCUUAAAUAAAGUGUGUCAAAAACAUAAUAAGGAAAUAAUAAUGAUUGAUUUAGAUACUAAAGAUAAAAAAAUUGAAGAUAGAUUUGUUUGUGUUGAUUGUAUAAGUGAACAUCCUUUAUACUAAUAUAGAACUAUUGAAAAAAUAAAUUAAUUAUGGAAUUUAUCUAAUAAUCAAUAAGAUCAAAUUCUUAAUGAAUUAAAAUUCAAAAAAUUAGAAAAAUAUGAAAAAAUGAAAUAAUAGAUUGCAUUAAUGAGAAAAAAUUACAACUAGUAAUUGAACGAAAUCAGUGAAAAAAUAAUAUUAGAGUUUUCUUCUACAAUAAUUAAGAAAAAUGAGAUUAAUAGAAUCAAAUAAGCGACCAUACAAGAGUUAUGCCAAGACGAUUUGAUGCAAAAUAUUAAUUAGUUAAUUGAGUAGAAGAAGGAGAGCUUCAAUUAAGAUCCUAAAAUUGAAUAAAUUAAAUCUAAAGACGCUUUAUUCUAAAAAGAGAUAGAAACCAAAUUGGAAGACUUAAAGCAACUUGAUUAAUUAGAUAUUUAAGAUUCAAUAAAUAUUUUAUAAAAUAAAUAAAGUAAAAUUAUCCUUAAUUUUAUAGAAGAUAAUCAAAUCUAAGAAAUAAUAUUGUUGUCAAAACAAAUUUAGGAGAGUAAUAAAGUAAAUCAAGAAUAAUUGAACACAAAACAAGAAUUGGAUAAUUUGAUUAAAUCUUCAAAAUAAAUUUAUUGCUAGAUGGGCUUGUUUACAUAAACAAUUCAAAAAUAUUAAGAGCACUCUUCUUAAAUUAAAAAUAUAAACAAUAAAAUAAAAUCAUUUCCAGAUAAUAUGCAACUGAAAAAUAUAUAAAGUUAAGUUCUUGACUAUACUGACAGAUUUGAAAAUGAUUUUAAAUAUUUUAAAGAUUUUUUUGAGUUAGAGAAAUAAGAGAACAAGUUAAGCAAAAUGCAAUAAGAAUACAAUAAAUUAGAAUAAAAAAGUAAGAAUAAUAAGUUAUAAAUUUUAGGCAAUCAAAUUAUAGAAGAACAGAAGAUAAUAAUUCAAAAUUCUAAUAAAAAUAUUGAUGAUCUCAAUCUACGUGUAAUAGAUAUUUAAUUAAAGCUUAAAAAUGAAGAUGAAUAAGUUUAACUUUUAAAUGCAAAUUUAAAAGAAGAAAAAUCCAUUAACUUCAAUUUAUUAGAAAAACUGAAUAAUCAUUAAAACAUACUUAAAAAUUAAGAUGAAUAAAUUUCAGCUUUAGAUAAAAAUUUGAAAGAAGAAAAAAUUAUGAAUUCUAACUUAUAAGAAAAAUUGAAUAAUCAAUUAAUCAUGCAUUAAAAAUAAAUAGAAUCUCUAAAUAAAGAACUAAGUUAAAAAGAUGUUUUAAAUAAUCAAACACAAUUAAAGUUAAAUAUGUUUAAUCCUAUAAUAUUAAAAUUAUACAUGAUUGUUUUUACUUUUAAGAAUUAAAAAUUAAAAAUUUUUAAUUUAUA